AGAACGAACUCUUCUUCCUAUAAAGUCUCGUUACAGGGGAUUUCAAAAAUCCCCCAACUUUAACCUAACCAUUCGCUUCUGCUUCUGAUAUUUCUUUAGGUUGUGUUUGGUAUCGUCAUUUUAGAUUUAUCAUCAAUGGCGGAGACUGAAACGUUUGCCUUUCAAGCUGAGAUCAAUCAGCUUCUCAGCUUGAUUAUCAACACUUUCUACAGUAACAAGGAGAUCUUUCUUCGUGAACUCAUCAGCAAUUCUUCCGAUGCCUUAGACAAGAUCAGAUUUGAGUCUUUGACAGACAAGAGCAAGCUUGAUGCUCAGCCAGAGUUGUUCAUUCAUAUUGUGCCAGACAAGACUAAUAACACCCUAUCAAUCAUUGAUAGUGGUGUUGGCAUGACCAAGGCUGAUUUGGUGAACAAUUUGGGUACCAUCGCAAGGUCUGGUACCAAGGAGUUCAUGGAGGCAUUGGCUGCUGGUGCAGAUGUUAGUAUGAUCGGACAAUUUGGUGUUGGUUUCUACUCAGCUUAUUUGGUUGCUGAGAAAGUUGUUGUUACCACAAAGCACAAUGACGAUGAGCAGUUUGUGUGGGAGUCUCAAGCUGGGGGGUCGUUCACUGUCACUAGGGAUACCACUGGAGAGAGCAUUGGUAGAGGUACUAAGAUCACUCUUUUCUUGAAAGAGGAUCAGCUUGAGUAUCUUGAGGAACGACGACUCAAGGAUUUGAUUAAGAAACACUCUGAAUUCAUUAGCUAUCCUAUUUCUCUUUGGAUUGAGAAGACAAUUGAGAAAGAGAUUUCUGAUGAUGAGGAUGAGGAGGAAAAGAAGGAUGAAGAAGGCAAAGUUGAGGAUGUUGAUGAGGAGAAGGAGAAGGAAGAGAAGAAAAAGAAGAAGAUUAAGGAGGUGUCACAUGAGUGGUCAUUGGUUAACAAGCAGAAGCCCAUUUGGAUGAGGAAGCCAGAGGAAAUUACCAAGGAGGAAUAUGCUGCUUUCUACAAGAGUCUUACAAAUGAUUGGGAAGAGCAUUUGGCUGUCAAGCACUUUUCAGUUGAGGGGCAGCUUGAGUUCAAGGCUAUCCUCUUUGUUCCUAAGAGGGCUCCUUUUGACCUCUUUGACACAAGGAAAAAGCCAAACAACAUCAAGCUUUAUGUCAGACGUGUCUUUAUCAUGGACAACUGUGAAGAGCUGAUCCCUGAAUUCCUUGGCUUUGUGAAGGGUAUUGUUGACUCAGAGGACCUUCCUCUCAACAUCUCGAGAGAAAUGUUGCAGCAAAACAAGAUUUUGAAGGUUAUACGCAAGAACUUGGUGAAGAAGUGCAUCGAGCUCUUCUUUGAAAUUGCUGAGAACAAAGAAGAUUACAACAAGUUCUAUGAGGCUUUCUCGAAGAACCUCAAGCUUGGUAUCCAUGAGGACUCUCAAAACAGAAACAAGAUUGCUGAAUUGCUCCGGUAUCACUCUACCAAGAGUGGUGAUGAGAUGACCAGCUUGAAGGACUAUGUGACCAGAAUGAAGGAGGGUCAGGAUGACAUCUAUUACAUCACUGGUGAGAGCAAAAAGGCUGUUGAGAACUCUCCCUUCCUUGAGAAGUUAAAGAAGAAGGGUUAUGAGGUUCUCUUCAUGGUUGAUGCUAUCGAUGAGUAUGCAGUUGGUCAGCUCAAGGAAUUUGAGGGCAAAAAGCUUGUGUCUGCAACCAAAGAAGGUUUGAAACUUGACGAGAGCGAAGAUGAGAAGAAAAAGAAGGAAGCUUUGAAGGAAAAGUUCGAGGGUCUCUGCAAGGUUAUCAAGGAUGUAUUAGGCGACAAGGUUGAAAAGGUUAUAGUAUCUGACCGUGUGGUUGAUUCUCCUUGCUGUUUGGUCACUGGUGAGUAUGGUUGGACUGCCAACAUGGAGAGAAUCAUGAAGGCCCAAGCUUUGAGGGAUAACAGUAUGGCAGGAUACAUGUCAAGCAAGAAGACGAUGGAGAUCAACCCCGAGAAUCCCAUCAUGGAAGAGCUGAGAAAGAGAGCUGAUGCUGACAAGAAUGACAAGUCUGUGAAGGACCUUGUUCUGCUCCUCUUUGAGACUGCUCUCCUCACCUCUGGCUUCAGCCUUGAUGAUCCAAACACCUUCGGCAACAGAAUUCACAGGAUGUUGAAACUUGGGUUGAGCAUCGAUGAGGAUGCUGGUGAUGCAGAUGCUGAUGCUGACAUGCCCCCAUUGGAGGAUGCAGAUGGCGAGGGCAGCAAGAUGGAGGAAGUUGACUAAAAUCUUAACCAUUAUUUUGAUGCCAACAUUUACUAGUAUGAUCUCUAUUUUGAACGUUCCCUUAGCUUUUAUGGUUUUGCAACCUACAGAGGUUUUGGUUAUUUUGUCAAACUCUUAAAAUGUAGUUUGUUUUUGGAAUAUAUUAUAUGGUUCUUUUAGUAUUUUGCUAA